AGAGAACCGCAGCGGUCAUCAUUUAAGCGCAACAGAUGCAUCGUCAAGCGUCGCAGCGUGUACACGUUGGGCGUGGGGUAGGGAUCUGCAGAGAUUUGUGAUAAGAUUGCAUCAUGGGGGAUCAUGGGGGGCGAAAGACGCCGAAGCGUGGCAUGUGUGUGUGUGUGUCGCGCUCGCUCGAUCGGCUUCGUUCUUGGCGAGGUAUCUCUUCCUCACCGUGGCUGGCGACAACAGCGUCUUCAGUUUGGAGACAGCCGGCAUAGGAUUCGGAUCGUUCGUUCACAUCGCCGCAGCUCGCCAUUUUCAGUUGUCGUCGUCGUCGUCGUCAUCGUUGUCGUCGAAGUUGGUGCGUCUCGUGUUUGUAGCUCUCGGGCACGUUGCUAGUGAAUCAUCUGGCCGGGCCUUCCCGCGCAAAAUGUUGUCCUGGCUGCCAUUGUUGAUGCUGGUGGCGGUAGCAGCCGCCCAGUCGAGUCGCUUCCGAGCGGAGUUCCCCGGACCUUACUGUGCGGCGCGACGUGAUCGAUGCUGCCACGAUCGUCAGGAUGGUUGCGCCCAACCAAUCUCUUCAACGAUGUGCUACUGUGAUGAGUUUUGCGAUAGAGGCGAACAUGGUGAUUGCUGUCCGGAUUACGAGGAGGUGUGCCUGGGUAUGACGACGCCGGUGCCGCCGGGUCCUUUGCAAAGCUGCGUCCACAAGAACCGCUACUUUACACCCUUCGAUCCACCAGUAGUCGACAACUGUAACACUUGCAAAUGUAAUAUCGAUGGUACCGUCACUUGCACCGACGACGUUUGCCUGGUCGAUGACGAUCUGCUGCGCCAGCUGCAUCAUCUGGAGCGCUCGAUCGGUUGGAAGGCCGGUAACUACAGUGAAUGGUGGGGCCGGAAGUAUGACGAGGGUAAGGUGCUGCGUCUCGGUACGUUCCAGCCCAAGAUUCCGGUGAAGGCGAUGAAGCGGCUGAGUAACCGAGGCGGUCCGCUGCCUUCCCACUUCGAUGCGGCCGACCAUUGGCCAAGGCUAGUCGGUGAGGCGCGUGAUCAAGGUUGGUGUGGAUCUUCCUGGGCCUUGUCGACGACUACGAUGGCAUCGGAUCGCUUCGCUAUUCUAUCGAAGGGCCGGGAGCAGGUACAGCUGGCUCCACAGCAGUUGCUGGCGUGCGUGCGUCGUCAGCAGGCUUGUAGUGGUGGUCAUCUGGAUACGGCCUGGCAGUAUCUUCGCAGAGUCGGAGUCGUGAACGAUGAGUGCUACCCUUACAUUGCCGCUAAGAACCAGUGCAAGAUCAGUGACGGCGAUACGCUUGUCAGUGCCAACUGUGAGCUGCCGGCGAAUGUGAACCGUACCGCGAUGUACCGGAUGGGUCCGGCGUACAGUCUGAACAACGAAACCGACAUCAUGACCGAAAUCAAGGAGCGUGGAACCGUUCAAGCUAUUCUGCGCGUGUAUCGGGAUUUCUUCUCCUACCAGAACGGUAUCUAUCGUCAUUCGGCUGCGGCCACACCGGCAGAGGAACGUUCGGCUUACCACUCGGUGCGACUGAUCGGUUGGGGCGAGGAACGCGUUGGCUAUGAUAUGGUCAAGUAUUGGAUCGCCGUCAACUCUUGGGGCACCUGGUGGGGUGAGAAUGGUCGCUUCCGCAUCCUGCGUGGCACGAACGAGUGUGAAAUCGAGAGCUAUGUGCUCGCCUCCAACCCUUACGUUCACCAGCACGUCCAGACGGUACGCAAUGUGGGCGACCUGCAGGAGCUGAUCGUCGGUACCGGUUACGUUCCCCAUCCGAGCCGUCAGCGCCCCUAUCCGACCCACAGACGUGGCUAAGCUGGUGAGCCCCCCAGGCAGGAACAGCUGCAACCUACAGCUUCCUACCAAGCAGGACACUUCUGCUGCGCGUUUGCGCAAUUAAUUUCCCCCAUUUCCACAUUCUCCCUCCCGUUGCUCACUUUCCUUCUCUAAGCUGUGAAGCUGCACACAGUAUUAAAAGCAGAAAUGAUGCCGAUUAGAUUGUGCGAGGUCCCCUUCCCACCCGCCCAGGGGUUUCCAAUCGCACCGGCCGAAGCUUACAUGUAACGAAGAGAGAGAAAGAGAGAGAGAGAGAGAGAGAGAGAGAGAGAGAGAGAGAGAGAGUGAGAGAGUGAGAGAGAGAGAGAGAGAGAGAGAGAGUGAGAGAGUGAGAGAGAGAGAGAGAGAGAGAGAGAGAGAGAGAGAGAGAGAGAGAGAGAGAGA